CAGUGUGAUCUGGACAUGAAUGGGAACACUGCUGCUGGAAGCCUCCCUCACUCCAAAAGUGCCAACAUGGUUUCAGAGGUGUCCCAGGAGAACCAGCCCUACAGCCGGGUUUCUCGGACGCCCCGGAAAGCUGCUUCUUUUGGAAAACGUUCCAACUCCAUGCGCAGAAAUCCCAAAGCUGUUGUCACAAAACAAGGCUGGCUGUACAAGCAGGGCAGCAGUGGAGUGAAGCAGUGGAACAAGCGCUGGUUUGUCCUCACUGACAGAUGUCUAUUCUACUACAGAGACGAGAAGGAGGACACGGUAUUGGGAAGUUUGCCACUGCUCAGCUUCCGAGUCGGAGGAGUGGAGCCAUCAGACAACAUCACCCGCAAGUUUGCCUUUAAGGUGUGGCAGGAGGACCAUGAGAACAGCAGUGAGGAAGACGAGCUGAGGGGUCCUGUUGUGUUUUGCGUACAGGCUGAGCACAGUGGCACGAGGACGUACUACUUCAGCGCAGACAGUCAUGAGGAACAGCGAGAGUGGAUCGGAGCCAUGAGCCAGGCCGCAGACGUGGAAACAACGCAAAGCUUGGAGACCAGUGGCAUCACAUCUGAUGUCAGCAGCAUCAUGGUAACCAAAGCCCCGGACCCCCAGACGCCACAGACAGACAGUGACUGUAAGCCCCCCUCUCAGCCCCCUUCACAGCCCAAUGGAAAUGGACCCGAAACCCCUUCUCCCGCUCUGUCCUGCUCCAGACCAGACAAUAAUAACAGUGUAAAGACUGAAGUUCCAGUAGAGGGUGCAGGGGGAGUACCUGCUCUUUCCAAACCUCACCCAAAUGGAUGGGCCCCUCACAACACGAUCCCCAGGACCAGUGCAGCCCAGAGCCACCACCAAGAGCGGACUGUACCCCCUCAGGAGGCAGUGGUCAUGCGCAGGGGCUUUGUGCCCAGGACAGCCCCAGAGAGAGUGGCACAGAGGAGGAGCUCCAUGGCCCAGCUGCAGCAGUGGGUCAACCAGCGCCGGGGCAUUGCCUCUCAGGAGGACCUCCACAGCCCGUCUCGGUACUACACUGUCAACAGAGGAGUCUCUGAGUAUUAUGGGUACCCUCCUGACCCUCGCUACAUGGAUGACUACCCCUUGUACUCUGGUGGGAUGAGACCUGACAGCAUCUGCACUCUGUCUGCUGUGGGGGCUUACGAACAGCGCUGGACUCUGGAAGACAAGCGCCGUUCUCUCAGAGAUGGCCCCCAUCAGCUGUAUGGGCCCCCCAUGAUGAGGGACUCCUGGGGCCCACAACACUAUGGCAUGGAAUCAUCCAUGAGACGCCUGUCCAUUCAGCCUCGCUCUCGCUCUGUGCCCCGCUCACCAUCUUCAUCCUCGGGGGGGUUGUACUCCCCAGUGCCCCCCAACUACGUGUCCCCAGCCCGGUCUCCAUCCACACGUUUCGACCAUGACCCAGGAAGGAUGAGGGAUGACCACAUUUACGCAGACCCUUCUGUUUACAGUCUGAGGAGGUCUCUCAGCUCGCCAAAGUAUGACUUCCCUGGCACUAGGAGAUCCCUAAGCCAAGGCCUGUACCACCACAGCUACCCUGUCUCCCCCUCCAUUCACAGUAAAAUGGUGCCUCCAUAUAAUGAUCCCUACAGCCGAGAGCUACACCCCACACUAAAACUCAAUGAAAUUGAAACAAGUAAACUACUUGGCCGACUGUGUGAACAAAACCGCUUUCUGAAAGACCAAGAAUCUCUUGUCCACAGGCUAAGAAUGGAUAAGGACAACCUUGAGGAUGCACUACUGUCCACUCACCAGGAGAUGGAGCUGCACCACCACCAGCCACUGGCCAUGGAGAAACUUCAGUUCAAGAAGGAGACUCUUCAGAACCAGCUCAUUAACAUCCGAGGAGAGCUUUCACAGGCUUCUAGUGCAUUAACCACUGCCCGUAUGGAGUUUGAGGCUUUGGAGGAUGAGGCAAAUGCCAUUCAUGGAGAUCUGUGGGAGCAACUCAACACUGGAGGCCAGAGUGUCCUUGUACGUAAUCAUAUACAGAAGGAGUUUUGGAGAGUGCAGGACGUAUUAGAAGCCCUUCAUAAAAACAACUCGUCCCGAGGCACUAACACAGCCAAGCACAAAGUGGUCAGCAGUGGUACCUUUAGCACUAAUAGUCCUGCCAGUCCUCUAAGCUCCGUAAGCCUGACCAGCCCACUCAGCCCCUUCUCCCCACUGCCUGGCUCACAGACCCCCCCAUCCAAACACCCCGAGAAUAUGAGUGAUGCAGAGGACGCAGCCCAGGACAGACAAUCAUCCACAAAUAAAGUGGGUGUUGUUCCACCACGGACAAAAUCUCCCACAGAUGAAGCUCCCACCAGAGCCUCAGGUGGAUCUCGGUAUCGUGGAAGAAUGCACAAUGGAAUCUCAAGAGAGCGUCCAAAGAGCGCCGUGUUCCCAGCUGAAGUGAAGCCCAAAAUGAGUGUGGAAGAGCAGAACCAGCGGCUGAGACGGAACCUGAACAAAAGGCAGAGUCUAAACCUAGGCUCACAUAACUACAAAGUGGUGCCCAGGCGGCUGACAGCUCAUGAGAUUGAUAUAAAAGACUUGGAGGCUGCAGUUCGUGGCGAGGGGCUGGAGUCUCCCAGUGAGGAGAUCGCCAGGCUCAGACGUUUACAGGUGGAACCCGAACUCUACGACGAGGUCUUGGCUGCAGAACGCCUCCUAGAGGAAGAUGAUUCUGUUCCUCUCAGUCCUGCAGAACAGCAAGAGAAGCAGAAGAAACUGGAGCGUAUCAGAACUCUUAUUGCCAAAUCAAACCUUCAGAACAUGGUCCCAGUGCUGGAUGGCCCUGUGGAUGGAGCGCCCCCUGUCAGCUCUCAGCAGCAGUUGCAGGAGCAAGAGAAGCGCAUUGAGAUCUCAUGUGCCUUGGCUGCAGAGGCGUCCCGACGCAGCCGCCUGCUGUCUGCCCGCUGUGUCCCCAGCCCCCCCACCUCCCCGACCCGUCCAUCUCCGCCCUCUGAACCAAACUCUGCCAAUGUCAUGAAGGCAUGAGCACACAAGCUCAGGCCUGGGUUGCUGCCAAGUUUGACCGAGCAUCUUUCUGAGAAUUCACCUGACUGACAAGACAAUGGUUUCCCCUCACCUCACUCAAUCUGACCAAAAAGCUAAUGCUAUAGGAAGAGGACUAUAGAAGACACACCAGAUUCAAGUAGCUCAGGACUCAAUGAAGUGAAAUGGGACCUGUUCAUUUCGGAGUUGUGUUUGAAGAUGAGCUACGUCCACGUGGAAUAGCAGCACAUUUGCAUGAUUCCGGAUGUGGAGAGUCCCUGGAGGACACGUCCCUGUGGUCCUGCCCAGGACGUACAUAAACUGGGUUGUGCUCAACUCACUGUGAUGCCUCGUUCCCAUCUGUCUCCAUUACCUCAUGUCGGAUCACUUCUUUUCAUAUGCAACUUCAUGGCACUAAACAAAGCACUUGAACACACAUAGGCCCGUGUUGUCAAAGAGUAACACUCACUGUAGAGAUUUACAGUCUUUAACCCUAGAGUACAGCACUACUGUGUAUAUAUAAAACUACAGAUCUUAUUCAUAUCCUGACUAUUCUAAACUAUGAAAGCUGAGCAGUAUCUGUUUUAAGAACGGACUUUUUUAGAGGUUCUACCUGUCAUAUUCCCAUUUUGUUUCAAUCAUGUUAUGUUGGCGUCAUUUAUAGUAACUAUUUAGCAAGUCACCAUUUUGCUUUCCCUUUCUGUGACCUCUUAUAAAGAAUAUACUGAUGGUGGCUGACCCUCUUGGUGUCUAAAAGCAGAUUAUGUUAUGGUUAAAGUUACAAAAGUGCACAAUAAUUCCUGUAUACUCUGUGAAGUCUUUAAGUGGCAUUUUAGCACAGCGUGCACCAGUCCCUGUUUGCUGUGUCCCUGCUGUGGAUAAUUACCCAUGCAUGGUGGGUCCGAGCUUUUCCCAAAAUUAAAUCCAACCCAUGUGCUCCCUCACUUUAUAAGUAUCAGAAUGUGAUGUGGUUACAUUAUAAAUCAAGUCGUUAUUCACUAUUGUGAAUUGAACCUAUUCAGAUAAACAGACUCAUUUUAUGUAUAAUGCUGCAACUACAGCAAUGGAACAGAGCAGCAGUCAUCCCAGCAGUGUUAUGUCAUCCAUUGUGUAUUUAGGAGGAAGUUACCAACGUUUUAUAAUUUCAAAAAGACCAAACAAACAGAUUACUCAAUCAUGCUACAUUAUUUGUAGAACUACAAAAUGUAUUGGACAAGCUCAGCUGCUAGUGGAUGAUCUCAACAACAGUUAAAAUGUUCACAGCAUGUCCCUAACCUGGGUUAUUUUGACAAUGUUGUGUUAAACUAUUAGAUUGAGCAGGUCUGUUUUACAAUUCAACAUACAGUAUGUAUUAAUACUCUUUUAGUUCUACAUUGGAGUCACUGGUACAGCUUAUAUUUAAAGGUUUAUUGGGAUUAAUGCUGUGUUUAUGUUCCUGAGGUAGUUUGGGUUGAUGCAAAAAGGGGGCAACCUUCAAAGCAAAUCAUUUACAGUUACUAAUGCAAAUAACUCUGCAACGCAUGUUCUUUCAUCACCUUAUGCAUUUGUUAACUGUAAUUGAAUGAAAGCCUGAUUGUACAUGAACACAGCAUUAAGAUCAGCUUUAAUAUCUGUCAAAGACGUGUACAAACUGGACCUUCUUAGUAUAGAAAGAGGUGUUUGUGAGCACACGUAUGACCUGUACAAUGUAGCAGAUACUGUCCACCCCUGUAACAGAUACCCUCCAUUCUCUGUCUCUUUAUUUUAGCAUGUCAUUUUAGUCAGCACAGGUCAAUGCUUUAUGGAUAAUGUUGUCAGCUGGAGUUGGUGGAUGUUGAACAUACAGUAUAUAUAUAUAUAUAUAUAUAUUCUGUAAAGUAAUUGUAUGUGGAAAGUGACCUUAGUGUAAUUCUCAUGCAGUCAGUUAUUUGAGGGGAACUAUACGGUAGGCUAUUUAACUGUAAAUGUUAAUGUUCAUUUGGUUCAUUGCAGUGUGUUUAAAAUGUAUAAUGUAUAUGACAUAAAUUCGACUGAUGUGCAAACUGAUUUUGUAACACAGUUCGGCUAAUACUCAUAAUUCACGUAGUCACAUUCAUUUGUUCAAAGUCGUAAGCUUUCAUGAAAAAACAAAGCAAAAAACACUACAGCUGGAGAGAAGAUUUCUAUAUUUGUUUUUUUGCAGAUUUUUUAGAACCGUGGAAGAUGACAUGCAUAUUUUUUUAAAUUCAUGAAUAGUCACGUUUCACAGACCUAAUUUUAAUGUUCUUGAGAAGAGUUUGAUGAAGCAAAGCUAUUUUCGAAUGAAUUCGGAGAAAAACAUUGAUCUAUGUUGUAUUUGAUACUCUUCUGUAUGUAGCAUUUGAGGCUAAUGAGAAUAAAGAUGACCUACAAUAUAUACACCAAUUAUUGUAUAUGGUAUUUACAGUAAUUGUAUGCUGGAUGAUUAAUAAUAUCAAAUGUAACCAUUUUGGGAAGACAUUCAAAGUGCUUGGACUAUGCAAUUAAUUAAAAACACUGCGCUUGCUUUAAAUUUUUUGCAAUAAAGUGAAUGUAUGCCUUGUUUCUCCAAGUGCUUA